UAUCUCGGGGAGUCCUGGGGUUGACUACUUCACCGCAAAAGGAGACCACCAGGCCCCGUGGGCGGCGGGGAGACAGCUCUCCAAUCCUUCCGCUUGCGCUGACGGCCCUGGGUGGACAGGAGGGCGCUGCUGGGGCACAAUGCUCCCUCCUUGCCGCCGCCAGCCCCCGCACGCCGAGGCGGAGCAGGCUUUCCCGCCACCGCCGCAAUCGAGGAUUAGCUUGCUCUGAACCCGAGCGGUGGGAUUAGCCCGCAUGGACUUGGCGCCCGGCUUGGGGAUUGCCGCUCUAUGCCCCCCCCCCCCCGACGUAUAUAUUUCGGCCAGGCAGGCCGGCUGGCCCGGCCGGGCAUGGGGGUAGUUGGGGGUGCCGCGAGCCGCAGGGGCCCUGGGCGGCCCUGCCCCUUCUCUAUCGAGCAUAUCCUUUCCAGCCUGCCGGAACGGAGUCCCCCAACCCGGGCUGCUCGACCACCGCUGCCCAGCGGCCAACAGAGCCCCACCGAGCCCGGGGAACCCGGGGCGCCUGAGAUUGUGUCCUGCGCCUGUUGUUGCUGCUGUGGACCCCGCGCAGCAUCCCGCAGGACUCCGGAGGCGGCUGCCGGGCUGGGCGCGCGGCUACCGUGGCCACUGAGGCUGGGGCCCGCGGCGCCCUUGCCCUUAGCCGCGGCUGCUGGAGGCUCUGCGACUCUGCCUGGUGCUGGAGGCCCAGUCCCACAGCGACGCACUAGGCGCCACCGCACCAUCUUCAGCGAGGAGCAGCUGCAGGCGCUCGAGGCGCUCUUUGUGCAGAAUCAGUACCCCGACGUUGGCACGCGCGAGCGCCUGGCUGGCCGCAUCCACCUGCGCGAGGAGCGCGUGGAGGUCUGGUUCAAGAACCGCAGGGCCAAGUGGAGACACCAAAAGCGCGCAUCAGCAUCAGUGUCAGCGAGGCUCCUGCCCGCGACCAAGAAACCUCCCAAGGAGAGAUGCUGAUGGGUCUGGGAGCUACUCUUGAUCUUGACCAUGAUCUUUGGGGUUCACAAAGAGAGAGGAGAGACCUACUUGAACCGGAGCUAGGAGAACACUUCGGCCUCUUCCAUCAAUCUCCACAGCUUCGUACAGUCUGGAGCUAGUGCUGGGGUGCCAGUAUAUGUGUGUCUGGUGUUAACUGCCCCAUAGAAGGAGUGGACAGCAAGCACCUGAGUGCUCUGUCUUCCCCAGUGGCAAUAAGGUAGGAACCAGGAAGGUUCUCUUGGGGUGGAGUGGGGCAAAAGAGCAACAGCUUCCUCAACCCCCACUCACCACACAGAAAGGCAUUGAUUUCACCCCAGAAUAGGAAAUACCACUUGUCAACACCUGCAUCUAGAAUCCUCCCCAGAGGAGUCUCCCUCCCUACCCCUGGGUGGGCUGGAUUCCCUCCUCUCCUCAUGGGGACAUGGGUCCCACAGACCUGGUCUUCCACUCUCCUGGGGCUGGAUGAUGGUGUCUGCACAGUCCUGGGCUUGCUGCCACCUUGCAUGUCCUGUGCUGGGCCUUGGUGUCUGGACCUGCAGAAUAAGAGGGUUGGAUGAGGUAAUUUUCAGAAGCUUUCUCACCUGCUCCUUAUAGUGAUAUCAAGAAAUAAACAAAAACUACAAAUACCACAGAAGCAGUUCAGAGUCCCAGAUCUGCCCUGGCUCCAUUUCUACAUCCAGGAGAGAGCUGCCUCUACUGUCUCUUUCCAGGGAAUGGGGAAUUAAAGUCUUUUGUGGGAACUCAGCCCAGUAGGUCUGCAGUCCCUAUUCCAGGUGCCCACAACAGAGCAGACUGGCUCAUGGAAGGUGGCUAGACUCUCUGUGAGCCUGCUUUGUCCUUUAAGUGCUUCAUGGACAAGGGUCCUUAGCUUCCUCCCUCUGGGGAUUUCCAUGCAGCAGAGUUUACCUCCCUUACAAUGGUCAACCUCUGCCAUCUAGGGUAGGGCAACACAAGGUUGGAUUGAGGUGACACCACACACAUGGCCUUGGGAAAUAUCUGCUUUCUCCUCUACUAUUUUGGCCCCAGGAUGAAGGAAAGUGUAAAAUAAGACUUCCAUUUCUCCAAAUGGACUCAUGCAGUGUGCCAGAGGCACCUAACACCUCAUCUGGCUUGAGCACUUUGUUUUCUCUUCUUAUGGGUCCUGGAGAUUGUGGGGAGUGAUAUCUACAAGAGACACUGUUCAUUCAUAAAAGCCAGACAAUGGAAGCUAGGGCUGAAGCUCCUGGGGCUCUCUAGGGAUGACUGGUUCAGAUAACACCAAGAAGGUACCAUGUCUCCCAGCCAGAAUGGCCCCUGCACUGCUGGGUACCUCCAGGACAGGCAUUCUCACCACACACUGGGCUGUCACAAAACUUCUGCCUGAAUCUUGGCCUUGCUCUUGAAGAUUUCAAGGUGAACAAGACUGUGUCCCGUCAACUCCCCUGCAGCCUGGGGCACCACCAUGUUGCUGGGUGAUGUGUCUCUUUUCCUCCUUGGCUGAACAGCCAUUUAUCAUUGUGUAGGGCAAUGACAACCUGAGCUUGCCUGAACUACACCUUCCAUAUGCUGCUGCUCUCCUGAGCUGUUUCCUCCCUAUCUAAUUGCUCCUAGGCAAGCUGAACCCCUUCAAGUUGACGACUGAUAUAAGCAUUCUUGAAAUUUAGUCCCAAGUGCUCCCCUCUUCUUUUAUUGGUUUCCUUUUCCACCCUCAGUUUCCAAUUCCCAUCUCUCUGCCACAUUCACAUUACUAACCCAGGCCUCUUCCCGAGCUAGAUAUUUAUAUCAAAUUUCCCCCCUAACUAUUCCAUCAGGAAGCCCACAGUCUCAUCAAGGUCACAUUGUCUAUAGUAAGCAAACCAGCUGCAUAAGCCAGAGAGGUAAUAAUCGUCCAACUGCUCUUUGUCCCUCACCCACCAUACCCAGUCCAACAGCCAGUCGAUUUUACUUCCAAAUAAAUAUAGAUAUAACUCAAAAUCUACCUUCUUUUCAGUUCCAACUGCACCAAUCUGAUGUAAAUUACUGUCACUUCUCACCUUGACCAUUGCUGCAAUCUCCAACUUCGUCUAUCUGUACCUACUUUGGCUCCCCCUUAAUUCAGAAUAAAAGUAAAACUCCUCACUAGAACUCAUGAAGCUCUGUGCAGGCUGGCUCUGCCACUCCAGUGUCAUCUCACACCUCACUGAACUCUGUCUGUGUAUGGCAAAGGUCUGCUUUGGGAUUUGUCUUGCUCCCUUCCACCACUGGGCCUUUGUAUAUGCUCUUCCUGUUUCAUUGGUUCAACAAUGCCUGUCCAUUCAUUUUUUUGGAUCUGCAAAAACUUUCUGCCUGGAGAAAUUUUCCUGACCUGCCUCACUAGGUCAAGAUUCCCCAAAUAAAAAAAUUUUCUUGCAUUGCCA